CUACAUUACUAUUAUAGCUCUAGGCUGAGCGUCUGAGCAACUAUUAGAGUGAACUACCCAAUUUUUAAAUAAGCAUUUUCUGUACAUGAUAACAUUUAAAAAAUAUUUUACUCUUUCUGAGCUUCGUGAGCAUUUUUUCCAAAUUAUUGCUGAUAAACAAUUUUUUGCUCGGUUAAAAACUUGAAAAUGCAACGCAAUAAGGUUCCUUACGUUGUUGUAUUGGUGUAAUUUUUUUUAAAAAAAGGUUAAGCUUAAUUCACAUUUAUUUUUAUUGAAUUUUUAAAUCAGUACUUUAAAAUUUUAUGCAAUUUAUAUAUAUUAUAUAGUCUACUAUUAGAGAUUAGAAUAACGUAUUAAUAUAGAUAACUUAAAUACUAAAUAAAUAUUAUUUUUUUCACACAAGUUGUAUAAUUUAUUUGUUGCCUAUAGUAACACGUGUGUGUAUAAUAUUUCUACCUAAUGAUUUCAAAUUUUGUAAAUUUUCAAAAACGCAUUUUAUUUCUGAAGGACACAUUUUAAAUGGAACACAAUUGCCCGUUGAAUAAAGUUCAACUCGGAUAUCAUACCUGGAAUUUGCUUCAUACUAUGGUGGCAAACUAUCCAGACGAACCUUCACACCAAGAACAGGAAGAUGUACACCAAUUUUUUAAACUACUCGGCCGUCUGUAUCCUUGUCAAGCAUGUGGUCGUGAUUUUUCUCAUCUGUUAACCCAACGACCACCAGUAACUAACUCUCAGAAUACAUUAUCUGAAUGGCUAUGUUCUGUACACAACGAUGUGAAUCAAAAAAUUGGAAAACCAUUUUUCAAUUGUAACAAAGUAAAUGAAAGAUGGAGAGAUGGAUGGAAUGAUGGAAGCUGUGAUUAAAAUAUAAAUGUAUAAUAUGUGCUUAUUAUAUAAUUGUUUUAUUAGAUACAUAAAUAUUGUAACAUAUUAUUUAUUUUUAGAUUUCAAAAUACAGUUUGAGAUUUUAAGCUGUAUGUUAGAACUUAGAAGCGUUGUCAUAAACAUUGUACCUAAAUACUAAAUAGAAAGCUCAAUAGUUUUAUUUAUUUCACAUAAUCAAAUUAAUUAGGUAUAUAAGAACGCCUAUAGUUAAAUUUUAAUGGAUGGUAUUUAUUGGUAAACAGUACACACUGAAUAGAAAACAUGCAAAAUUAAAUAAUAAUUAA